CAGAGUCUGAGUGCCUGGGAUCAGGAACUUUAUCUGGGCUGGAGCUGCCGGGGCUCUCGCGUGUGCGGGCAGAGCCCUGUGCUGGCAUCCCCACCCAGGGGUGAAUGAAUGCACACAGCCUCCCUGGAAACACCAUGGCUGGGUUCUACGGGUGCCUGAAAAGUGAAAAUGACUAUAUAAUGGCCACGAGACCCACAGAGGUCACGCAGUCACCUGAAACUGGAGACACAGUCGAAGAGUCCACAGGAAAGAAAAAAUCCAAAUUUCAGACUUUCAAGAACUUCUUUGCCAAGAAGAAAAGGAAAGUACCUCCACCUCCCAGGGGAGAGAGUAAUUUAAAACCUUGCCAGUCCAGCAGCGAUGUCAGCAUUGCUGUGCUCAACACUACUGCACUUCAUUCACCGAGGGAGGCUGGUAAAAUUAUGUCUUGCCUAUAUGGAGUACCUCUCAUGCUGAAAAGGACUAUAAAAUCAAACACAAAAGGACGGGAUGUCUUCAUUAAUGAAGAAAUAAGGCCCAAGGGUAGCAUGGGAAGCAAAGCCCUGUCCCAUGACAGUGUCUUCAUUUUUGAGUCUGCACCAGGAAAUGUGACAGGUGACGUCUUGUCUCAGGAAAACAUACCUGGAAGAGUGAAAACUCUGCAGCUUCAGCUGCAGCAGAAUGUCAAACUUGGAUCACCUCCUCUUGUUAUAACUGGGAAAAAACUGGAAGAUGCAGGUGCUGUUUCUGAAGAUGAUGGUUUACCUAGAAGCCCUCCUGAAAUUUCAACCCUUCAUGAAGUUCUGACAGAUUCGCCAAACAAGUCCUCCAACCCUGUUCAGCGUCAUAGCUCUUUGAGUUUAGGCGGGACAGACAGUGAAGAUGAACAGAUACCUUCUGGAGCUUCCUCCAGGCCCAUCAGUCCUUUAUCCUCUGCCACUCAGGGGACCCCCAUCUCACGGGGCAGCAGCUUCCUUCCUGUUGAUUUUACCAUCCCUGCCAGUCCCCUUGGCUGCCUGGACACCUCCGCAGCCAGGCACAGGAUUGCCAUCAACCCUCGGAAACAGAAAGGCUUUGCCAGCAAGCAUCAGCUACCCCUCCAGGUGCAGCAGCUGGAAAAUGAAACAUGUCUUCCUGCAACUCCAGAAAGGAAGGGAAAUUCAACAGAAUUACUUGAGAGUGACAAACAUAAAAGUGAUUGGGAAGGACUACCAGCCCAGGUGGGACACUGUGCAAAGGGAAGUGCUUUUAAGGAGACACCAGGUGUAAAAACUCCCACUGAUGCUGCCUCUGACUCGUGUGAUUCCACGCGUGUGGUAGAAGACCCCUGUGCUUGGCUGCAAGAGGAUGGGUGCCCUCCUGGUGGGGGCCAUCACUACAAAGGAGCCACACUUCUCCUGAGGCCUGAGCCUCCUCCAGGGGACCUGCAAGAACAGCACACCACUUGA